AUGAACGUUACAUCAUUUCCUCCUCCAGGUUUCAUGGCAAACAACGCAGAGCAACUCAACUCGGAUCAAACACAAACGCCUCCAGCGGUGUCGUGUGCACAGCCACAUCCAAAUACAAUGGCACAAAUGGCGAUGCCUCCUCCAGGGUUUGGGCCCCCUAUUGGGCCUCCAAUGGUUUUCGGUGGACCACCACCAAUGUUCAAUGCAAUGGGAGCGCCUGCAUGCCCCAUGCCUUUCAACCCCAUGAUGAACAUGGCUGGACCUCCGGCUGGACCUUCAACUUUGAACCCAGAGGUUGGAUUUGAUACAAACUCCAAAGAUCCCGUUCUGACGAGGUCGCGAGUCUUUAUUGGACGCCUAAGUAAUAUUCCAAUCACGCGUGAUGAUCUCAUUAGCAUAUGCAAGCCGUUUGGGACUGUUCUUGCGCUCAAUUUUUUCAAGCAAGGUUACGCCUUUGUGCAAUUUUCCAAUGCCAGUGAAGCUGACGCUUCCGUGACCGGAUUGAAUGGCAAGAAAUGGAUGGGCACAAUAUUAGAUGUUCAUCUUGUGGAGUCGUAUGCAGGAAAGAAACGCCUGGAGCAAGAAGAAAGUGCCUCGCGUAAACGUGCUGGAGAGGAUGACAACAGUCGUGCUUUGAAAGUUUCUCGUGAGGACAGCGCUACUGUAGAAGACAUAAAAGAACUGAAAUACGCGCGAAUACAGAACUGUUGCUUGAGGAGCCACAACACCCUGGUGACCUCUCCAUGCAGGUACGUUGGCUCCUUCGAAAACAUGAACCCUAACCACAUCAAAUGCGCUUCAUGUGAUAACCGUUUCAAAAGCGCUUGGGGACUGUUAUGUCAUUUGACAGAGUUCCAUCGCAUGAUGCUCUACAAGAUCGAUGAAGAACCAACCAGCCAACAAGCAACGAGUAUAAAGGCUGUUCCUGAGCAGGAUUAUCCAUUUCUUGUCUUCAGUUCAGCUUACUUCAACGCACCCUCUCCCACCAUGGGCUCAAAGCCGGAAAGCGGAGUAUUUCCUAGUUCUUCCGAAGGAUCGUUGAAGGAGACGCCCGAGAAGUCACGUGGGGCAGCUCUCGAACCUACGCUUCAGCAACCACGAACACCGCAGGCUCAGGACAUCAUGCAGUCUCCUUCAUACGGGCCAGUGUUUCCCACCAGCUUUGCUCUCCCACGAAGGACUGAAUCUUGGCGACCGAAUCCCGCAACAGCGAGUUCAUCGGCGCACUACAAUAAUGGGUCCACUAGUAAGGCGAAGUAA